UGCUGUUGUGUUGUGUUUGGUGUGUUGCGUUUUCUUGUACUGUUUAGCCUACGGCAUACUGGCCUACUGUUACUGUACAAGAAGAACUCGAGAUCUGCUGUUUAUCUUAUAUUUACAUUCAAGAAUCGUCUAGAAUUGCGCAGUUGACAGAGAAGUUGUCACUUGUAGUUGACAGUUGUAGAUUUGGAUCUGGGCUUUAUUUUUUGUCACAUUUUUUAAUGAAAUCACGAUGACGUUUGCCUGCCUUGAGCCUUGAAAUUUAAUGUAGCCUAAAAAAAACUAAAUAAAAGCCUAAGCCCUAACUACUAGAUCUAGGCCUAAUUAAUAAUAAUAAAUAAUAAUAAGCUAAAAAAAAUUCAAAUGUAGUUAAGAUAUAAGUAUAAGAGUACUUGAAGUAUUUACCUAAUGUAUUCUUGCAAUGACAGCCAAAAGAGAAACAAAUUCAAGUCAUUCUGUAGUUGUAUUUGAUGCCUCUGAUGCAUCAUCAAGACCAAAAAUACCUGGAAAUAAGUUUAAGAAUUAUCGCUAUGUUAAAAAUACAGAAAUCUUCUUACCUGUUGAACACAUCUGUGCGUUCUGUGGGAAAAAUUCUUUUAAUCUCAAGUCAUGUACUCGAUGUUGGUGGGCGAAAUAUUGCGAUAGUUUCUGUCAGAGGAAUCACUGGCCACAGCAUAGGGCUGAUUGCAGGGAGGACCCAUCUCAAAAACUUUUCUUUAAAGGCGGAAGGAUAGUUGAGUUUGACUUGUUUUCUGGCACUGAUGUGCUGGAAGCAGGGCCAUUUGGUAGAAGAAUUUUCCUGGGUUUGGACAAGUGCCCUAAGAAUGGCCACAACAACCAUGCAGACUUCAUUGGGGUAGAGGAGUUUACCACACAGCAUCUGCCACAGAGUAUUCAGUACGAUGUUGUUACAGACUAUUUAAAAGCUGAGUCACAAAUGACAGUGCGUGUUCUUGUUAAUUGGACAAGUAAAAAUAGACCAGAUGGAGACGCAUGUGCUAAUUACAGAAACACAAAAAAGGCAAGAACAGCGUCUGGUACCUACAUUCUGGAUGAUGCUAAUGACUUUGUUUCAAAACAGUGCCUCAUACCAAACUGCCACUACUCAAAAGAAUUGGGUGAGGUUCACACCUACUUUGAAGGGGAUCUGAAAAUAUUCACCAACAAGCAUGUUCUGUUUGACGAUGAAGAACUAAGAAACACCGUUGUGGAUUUUUUCUACAACAGUGACGACAGGCAAGGAGUAGUCAGAGAGUACGGAGUCCAGUUAUUUUACACCAAGCCAACAACGGAUCGAACUUUCUUCAAACUCUCCGUCCACAAACGUGAAUUUCUUGAGCAUUUGCUGGACCUGGAGGUGAAAAGGUCAUCAACUUUCCAGAAGAUUCCACCAGCAAUUUUACAAAAAAUGUCUGCGUACGCUAUUGUUAUAUCACACCCUCACGGUUUACCGAAAAAGAUCAGCAUUGGUCGAGUGAUUCGGGUGACAGAAGAAAACCUGUCCGACGAAACUGUCGCUAAUGCCAAGACAGUGGGGAGGCUUGAGAAAGAGUGGUUUGCUUCCAGGAGUAAAGAGGGCUACUGGAGGUAUAUGCAGGCCCUGGGUAGUUUGAACAUGCCCAUGUACAAAGUCUGGUACAACACGCCCACCUGCCAAGGUAGUUCUGGAGCACCGGUGCUGUUUGGGGCGCGUCACAACAACGGGGUCUGGGGGCCGUACACAGCGUAUCACACGGCGUUUGAGUGUGAUUCUAAUUUAAAUUAUUUUAAGGUUGGACGCUUCAUGGAUUGAUACAUAACUGGCCAUAAAUAGAAGUAUCGAUGCGGUUUUUAAAAUUACCUAAAAGUUCAAUUUUAUUUCAACACAAGAAAACAACUGAUAUUUUGACAGCACAUAUUUAUAUGUUAGAAGUCCAUUAUUUUGAAGUUGGCCAAUCAUGGAUUGAAACAUUACUGGCUAUAAUUUGAAGUCUCAUUAAGGUUUUUGAAAAACCAAACAGCUGUACAAUUUUAUUAAACUUAAACUCAAGAGAAAAGCUGAUAUAUUUUAUGGCAUAUAUUUAUACUCAAGAAAUCCCUUUUUUCUUGUGAUGUUUGUGUAUAUUAAUUACUUGUAAAUUUUUUCAAAGAAAAGUCACAAAACUAGUCAUGAAGUCAAAUAUUUACUAGCACAAGCUAACAAUAUUAGAAAAUGCCAAAGUAUUUUAUAGGAUGAAAAGAUUUUUUAGGACACUAUUACAUGCUAGUGGUAAUUGUAUAGUCUGUGCCAUAGAAUUAGGUUAAACAAAAUAUUUAAAAAGCUUGUAAUAAUUUUUUUAAACAUUAAUUUUAGUUUUCCAUUUGUAAUCAUGACUUUUUUAGUCAGUAAAUCAUGAUCUCUACAAAACAGUCUGUUAUUAUUGUGAUAACAGGUAAUAUUUCAACAAUUUAACCCUUGAUUUGUCUUUAAAGAAUUUUUUAAAAUUAUUAUUGAUGAAACUUUACAUGUUUAUAGCUAUAUUUAUUAUCUAACCAAUUUAAACAAAAUGAUAUCAAUAAUAUCAGGGGAGUGGGGAGGUUGAACGUAUCCCAAAAUUCUAGAGCUCCAACGAAAACUAGCAAACUGAAUAAAACCAAAGAGUUUCACUACAUAACCAAUUUGAAUUACUAAUUACUAUACACAUUUAGAAUUUAUACGUCAUUUUUUGUGACCUCUAUUAUAUUUGCAGACUUGUUGUGCCAUAUUAUAUAGUUAUAGAGCUUUGUUGCUACUGUACAGCAUGUUAGAGUAGCAAUAAAUUAUUAAGCUUCUAGUUCUUGUGGGCUUAUUUUGCUGAUCUUCAUCAAACUUUAUUUGCAGCUUCAUUUUAGCUUAUUACUAAAACUAUGUUGUACUUUUUUAUUUAUUGAAAUAUCAAUUACCAGGAAAUGAAUUAUCUGUAUACAUGUGUCACUUUUAAAUAUUUUAAUUGCUCUAAAUUUAGAGCAGCAACACGUUGCACAACUCAUCCAAUUAAAUCCAUUAAGUUAUUAGUACCCAUGCUUUGGAGAGUAAUCCAUUGCAUGGAUUUUAUUUUUCAACAUUAUAUCUUCAAUAUAACUUUUUUUGUAACUCCACACUUGGGUGACUCUAUUCUCACUGUAAUUUUUAUCUUAAUGCUCUCCCCUUGUUUGUGAAGUUAAUAGAUUGACUGGUAAAGAAUGAACCAACACUCAAAUCCUGACAAAGAUAAACGGACAUUAGUUGUAUAACAUGUAGCAACUGACACUAAAACCAUGGCCUGUAGUAUCAAAUGAAUGACAUUGAGCUUACAAGUGCAAUAACUCUGUCCCAUAACGCAUGUCUCUUCAUCUUUUAUGUGAUAUAUUUUAAAUAUAUACUAUGUGUGUUGGACUACAAUGAAGUUUGAAAAGUAUACUUUGUAAUUAUAUAUUUAUUUUACUGUGUCUAUUGUGCAGAGGCGUAGCGACCCUUCCCGGCGCCCGGGGACAAAUUUUCGAUU